ACACACAUUCUCUUCUCAACAAUCAAUCCCCGUUCAAGCACACGCUCUCUCCCUUCAUCCGAUCACCAACACCAGCACGUUUUCCUUCGAAGACCCCUGGUGUACAUAACGAUCAAUCCAUACUUGUUCUCGACCUCCUACUCCCCGAUCACCUCUCCCAUUAAGUGAAGAGAUUAACCCACAGCAAGCAAGAUGUCGUCGUCACCGACAGCAGCCCCAACACAAUCAACAAAGCGUCCUCUCGAAGACCCUUCAUCUCCAUCUGCCCCAAAUGACCAGCCCGAAGCCAAGCGACCGGCUCUCGAUAAGAUCGUCAAAGGCGACGAUGCAGAGGAGCCAGUACCUGAGGGCAUCGAGCCAGCCGUCGUCAGCUCCAAUGGUAAUACGAAGACCGAUUCUACUAAUGGUUCAAGAGUCGAGCCAAAGGAUGGACAAGGCGAUACAUUGGUUCCAGAUGUAGGAUCACACUCGAUCGAGAGCACAGCCGCUAUUACAACACGAGGCCCACCGGUCGGUGGAUCUACUCUGCAGCAUGAUGAAAGUGGAUGGAUUCAUGUUCGUUCUGUCAUUACAAGUGCUGAGGCCGCAACUGUUAUUGGCAAAGGGGGAGAAAAUGUUUCAUUAAUUCGAAAAAUGUCUGGUGCGAAGUGCACGGUCAGCGAUUAUCAAAAGGGUGCGGUCGAGAGAAUCCUCACAGUGAGUGGUGUUGUUGAUGCAGUUGCCAAGGCCUUUGGUCUCAUCAUCCGGACACUAAAUAAUGAAAAUCUCGAUGUCGCAUCUACUGCUCAGUCAAAGACAUACCCACUUCGUCUGCUCAUACCUCACAUCCUGAUCGGUUCCAUCAUUGGGAAGGGCGGAAUUAGGAUUCGCGAGAUCCAAGAUGCUUCUGGUGCUCGAUUGAACGCAUCCGAUGCAUGUCUCCCGCUGUCCACUGAACGUUCCCUUGUCGUUCUCGGUGUUGCUGAUGCUGUUCACAUUGCAACAUACUAUGUUGGCAGCACUCUCUUCGAGCAACUAUCGGAACGAUUUGGUGGUCCCGCAGCUUCAGCCUAUGCUUCUCGAAGUGGUGGUCCAGCCGGUGUUGUUCCGGGCGGUAUGCAGGUUGUCCCUUACGUACCGCAACCAGCUGGCGGAAACUAUGGCCAUCCCGACAAUCGCCGUCGCUCUGAACAUAGUCAUCAUACCCCAUCGCAAGCUUAUGGCCAACCAUACGCUGCUCAAGGUCAAGCCUCUCAUCAACAACCUGCGGUACCAAUGCAUUACGGUGGCUCGCCUGCAGUUGGAGGAUAUGGAGGUGUCGGACCACAGCAACCGCAACAACCUCACGUCGGUGGUCCUCAAUCCCAUGCCGGCCCACCUGCUCAACCGAUGCAAGGCAUGGUUCCUGGCCAGCCAUUGACCCAACAAAUCUUCAUUCCAAAUGAUAUGGUCGGAGCUAUCAUUGGCAAGGGUGGCGCGAAGAUCAAUGAGAUCAGACAGCUCAGCGGCAGUGUCAUCAAAAUCAACGAGCCUCAAGACAACAGCAAUGAGCGAUUAGUCACUAUUACCGGAACUGCAGAGUGCAACCAAAUGGCAUUGUACAUGCUGUACUCGAGACUGGAAAGCGAGAAGCACCGAAUUUGAAAAUAUAAUAUUCAGCCAUUCUGGCACUUGCUUCGGAGUUAUUUUCAGUGGCGCAGGGGUCGCAGGACUGACAUUAUAAAAGCUGAUGGCG